AUGGAACCACUUAACAACAGCAGCAGUAGCACAACACCACCACCAAGCGAUUUGAUUAAAAAAGAUGGAUUAAUUUCCGAAUCAUUAAGCUCUGAUCAAUUGAUGAAAUUGGAGGCUUCAUAUGCUGCUCACACCUAUCAUCCAAUUCCAGUCGUAUUUCAAGAAAGCACAAGUUCAUAUUCUGCUGUUCAAUCAAGUCACCCAAAGAUUGUUGAAGCUUUGAUAAGCCAAGCUCAAAAGUGUGCAUUGAGUUCAAGAGCUUUUUACAAUGAAGUAUUCCCACAAUAUGCCAAAUACAUUACCGAUUUCUUUGGCUAUGAAAUGGUACUCCCAAUGAACACUGGUGCCGAGGCUGUCGAAACUGGCAUUAAAUUGGCACGUAGAUGGGGUUAUGUUCACAAGCAAAUUCCAGAAGAUGAAGCUAUUAUAAUUAGUUGCAAGGGAUGUUUCCAUGGUAGAACCAUUGGUGUCAUCUCCCUGAGUGACGAUCCAACUUCAUACUCCAACUAUGGUCCACUCUUGAGUGGAUUUGUAAAGAUUGAUUAUAACAAUACCGAGCAACUAGAACAAGUUUUAAAACAACACGGCAGUCGUAUUUGUGGUUUCAUUGUCGAACCAAUUCAAGGAGAGGCUGGUGUCGUUGUACCAGAUGAAGGAUACUUGAAGAAAUGCUAUGAAUUAUGUAAAAAGUAUAAUGUUUUAUUUAUUGCCGACGAAAUCCAAACUGGAUUGUGCAGAACUGGCAAAUUAUUAUGUUGCGAUUGGGAGCAAGUAAAGCCAGAUAUUUUAUUGCUUGGAAAGGCCAUUUCAGGUGGUCUAUUGCCAAUCUCUGCCGUUUUAUCAUCAAAGAAUGUCAUGUUGACCAUCAAGCCAGGUGAACAUGGCUCAACAUAUGGUGGCAGUCCACUUGCCUCUGCUGUUGCCAUGGCCGCAUUGGAAGUACUAAAGGUAGAGAACCUUGCUGAAAAGUCACAAGAGUUGGGUGAACACUUUAGAAAUCAAGUCUUAAAGAUCAAGUCACCAUUGAUCCAACUCGUUAGAGGAAAGGGCUUACUCAAUGCCAUUGUCGUCGAUCCAAAUGCCAAGAUCACUGCAUGGGAAAUUUGUCUAAUGUUUGCUGAAAAGGGACUUCUUGCCAAACCAACUCAUGACCACAUUAUUCGUAUGGCUCCACCCCUUACCAUUACUCGUGAACAAUUGGAUGAAUGUAUUGUCAUUAUCAGACAAGUAUUUGAAGAUGCUGAUAAACAAAAGGAUAUCCCAGGAAAAUAA